CGCUCUCUUCCCCGCGGCGAGCGACGAGAAGAACGGAACGCUCAGUAGAAAACAAAGAACAGAAAAAAAACGGGGCAUUUUUCCUUCGUUUCUCCUCUUAUGGGUUUUAAUCUGAUACCGAUGGCGGCUUCGAAGCUUUUGAUGGUUUCGAUCGUUCUCUGGCUCUUGAUGGUUGGAAUCCGGGGUGACGCGGAGGUUGAGGACGGGACGGUGGCCGAGGCCUAUGAUUCGCCGCUGAAGCUGGAGAUCAAGCAGCUUAAAUCCAAGGUCGCCGGUCUAGGUCAGCUCGGAUUGUAUCAUUUCUUUGAAUCCCUCUUGAAGCUAGGGUUUUUCGUGGUUCGAUUAGUUCCUUGGCUCUUUGUUCUUUGUUUUGCGUCCAUGGACGAGAGAUUUGGGUGAGUCGGUGAGAUCAGAGAAUCAAGUAUAUUGGAUAGAAGUGAUGAAGCGAAGAUAAAAGAUGAGAGAAUAGCGCAACUGGAAAGGAUUAUCAAGGAGAAGUCGGCGACCAUGGCUUCACUGCAGAGUGAGGUAGAAUUGCUUCAGAAAAAAGGGGUUGUAGACGCCCAGGCAUUGAUAGGAAAGGCUGACGCACGUGCUGAUGAACUUGAGAAACAGAUUGAGAAGCUUAAAAAUGAAAUAGAGACCCAGACUGGAAAAGGAGAUGCUUAUGAGGCCCGGGCUGGUGAAGCAGAGAAGAAAGUGCAAGAACUGAGUCUGAAAUUAGAAAAUAUUGAAAGGAUAAAUGAUGAGCAGAGACUCAGACUUCAAAAAUCUGAACAAGCUCUUCAAGUGGCACAGGAGGAAUUGGCAAUGAUGCAACUAGAAGCAAGAUCAAAGUCAGACCAGUUGAGGGAGGUUCAUGGGGCAUGGCUACCACCUUGGCUGGCAAGCCAUAUUGCUCGUUGUCAGGAUCUUGCAGUGACUCACUGGAAUGAGCAUGGGAAACCUGCUUUGGAUGUUUUCCUGCAAAAGGCUUCAGAGAAAUCAACACAGGCACAGAAAUGGGUAGAACCCCACAUGGAAACUGCUAGAACAAAAUGGAUCCCUGCUGUCAAGGAACAAUGGUUGACCUUGAUAACUUAUAUUGGUCCCCAUGUGCAAAUGGUCUCUGUUAAAGCUAUCGAGCUUUAUCGGGUAUGCACAAAUACUGUGACACUGCAUGUUGUGAAAGUAAGAGAACUUGGCAGUCCUUAUUUCCAGGAAGCUAAGAAGUUUUCUAAACCAUAUAUUAACCAAGUUGCUGCUGUCAGCAAACCUCAUGUUGAGAAAGUGCGUCUUGUUAUGAAACCUUACACAAAAUAUGUAGCCCAUGCUUAUGCAAAGUCGCUGGGGUCAGCAACUGCAUAUCAUCAUCAGGUUCAAGCCGCCGUCCAGGAGAAAUUAGAGAAGCAUGAACUCACAAAACCUCUUGCAACUAAAGAGCUGGUGUGGUUCAUGGCCUCUGCAUUGUUGGUUUUACCUGUUUUCUUCAUUUACCGAAUCUUUUCAUCCAUAUUCUGUAAAAAGACAAGGACCACACCGAAUGCCAGUGCCAAUCAUGCAUCUCAUAAACAUAAAAGGAGGCAUGCCGGCAAAUAGAGUGCAUUGGAUAUAUGGGUGUGGUCCAGUAAUGGGUGGAUAGGUCAUGGAUUUUGGGGUUCGGAGAGACACUACUGAAAGAUGCUUUAACAGUCGUGUAUGGAAAAAAUUACGUUUUCUUCUUUGACGUAGAUGUUUGAGAGUGCAACUCCUACGCUCACAAGUGUUUCCUGGGAUCGUGGAUUGUGCAUGUCAUUUUAAAUUAUUUUCUUGUGGUGAUGUAUUUGUCGUGCGAGAUCUAUGUAAAUAUCUAUUGCGAGUAUAUGUAGAUAUAACAUAGAAUUAGGAGGAAAAAAUGGGGGAACUGCACGAAUCCUAUUAUUGGCUCAGCAGUCGUGUAGUUGCUGAAUACUCUGCCACCAACCCAGACCGAAUUUCUGGAGGACUGGGACAGGGGCAUACUCUGAGGAGAUCUUUAAAUAUGAACUUUAGUCUUUGGGAGG